GACCGUGGAGAGCUUUGCCAUUUUUAUUUCCUUCACCCUGCCUUCACCUGUGAGCAGUCUCUUCUCCGUCGCCACCGCCCCGCACCGCGCUGGAAAGCGGCGUCUUGGUCGGCUCCGAGCCUCCCAUCCUCCCUCCUCGGCGCGUAACCUGAGCCAAAACAGUAUUAACGUUGCACUAGCUUGAGGUACCCCCUUCAAGAGGUCAAGAUGUUGUGGCGCACAAUACGCACUAUGGAUGUAAUGAUGCAUUCUUCGUGUUUCCUUCUUCCAAAACUGCAUCAACCUGCCAACAAACCAGUCAUGAACUAUGCUUUAGUCGUUCUUAACCAGCAACUUCCACGAUUCAUGCCCCGCCUCUGGGCUCAAGCAAACUUGAGGAUCUGCGCUGAUGGAGGAGCUAAUCGUAUUUUUGAUGAGAUGUUUCAUAUGACCAAUGAUGAAGAUGAGAAAAGCACCAGAAAUAGGUAUGUUCCAGAAAUAAUUGAGGGGGAUAUGGAUUCUAUAAGGCCUGAAGUUAAAUUAUUCUACUCUAGUCAGGGAUCCAAAAUUUCUGAUAAAUCACAUAACCAGGAGACAACAGAUUUACAUAAAUGUAUUUCUCGUAUCCAUCUCCGUACACCUGAUCAUGAAAAACCUAAUCUCUGUGUGCUUGUUACUGGAGCACUAGGUGGAAGGUUUGAUCAUGAGGCGGCAAAUAUCAAUGUUCUGUAUCUGUUUUCGGACAUGAGGAUUGUCCUUCUAUCAGAUGAUUGCUUGAUUAGACUUCUUCCCAAGACGCAUCACCAUGAACUCUAUAUUGAGUCAUCUGUUGAAGGACCACAUUGUGGGCUUUUUCCUGUUGGAGCACCAUCAACAAGCACCACAACCACUGGCCUGAAAUGGAAUCUAAGUGAAUCAAAGAUGAGAUUUGGGAGCAUGAUUAGCACAUCCAACAUUGUGCAAUCGGAAAAGGUAACUGUACAGUCUGAUGCAGACCUUUUAUGGACAAUUUCUCUGCGAAACCUGACCUAAAGAGCUGCUAGUUAUCAUCUUUUUCCCUUAUCUUUGCUGGCACACAAGCUCUUGUACAUCUGUUUUUGUGUUUUAUAAGUUGUGUGCCUGGUAAAUGAAUACCAUCUGUUGGCUCAUCGAUAAAGUCUCAAUAUCAUGAGAUAGAAACUCACGAAUCAUGAGGUUAGAAGGAUGUCUAACACGAUCAUGAGCUGCUGAUGAAUUAUGUGAAUAACACAAGCAGACAUGCAUGUUGUAUCCUAUCAGCCUGUAUUAAUGUAUGUUUGAUUUUUUUUAUAAUGACUGUUGAAUUUGAAAGGGAACUUGUUGUAUGAAGAGUCUUCUCGACAUUACACACUA